GGCACGUCCCCGUAUAACAAAUAUAUGGGAGUACCACCCCCUCCCCCCUCCCCCCGGGGGUUUUCGUCAUACUUUAUUAUGGCUUUUCUAAUCCUAAUCCUAACCCAAAACGGAUAUUAACUUGCAAUCGGGGUUAGGCCCUGGGAACGGCCCUAGAUUGCCGCUUUUUAUUUUGUCCAAACUUUAAAUUGAAUAUGCUACCUGUCGACGAAAUAAUCGUUUCUAUAGCCAAGCACACGCCAGGUGCUCUGGAGGUCACAUGAUUGCGGCAGGUGCUUGAUAUAUUUUCAUCCAAUAACGAAAACAAUUUGUUUAAGCCUAGACCCCAUACUAGAAUUAUUCAUUGUUAAAAAUUCACUACUUGAAAAUUGGAGAAUUGAAAGUUGGUUUGCCGUGUACCAUACUCAUUACUUUUUAUCUCCUGUGUGAUCGAAUCUAAGCGUUACCGAAAACGCGGUGUUGUACACUCAAGGCGAUUGAACAGUCUAACCGCAAAGUUUCCGCCAUUAGUGGGCUCUUAACAGGUGUGUUAACCUCUCCAAACCCUAGUUGAUGCUUCAAGGAGAAGUUUGCACACACACACAAAAAAAAAACAAGCUAGACAAGAGCAAAACAGAGUGAUGACAUCCAACGAUAGUAUUGUAGAAGGUACAGUUAAGCGAGAAUUUAACAGAUUAGACAUCCAGAGAGAGCAUGAUAGCUGUGAAUUCAAAAUGCAAACAUUGAUGCAGUCCCCCUCUCGCAAUAGACUACUGUCAAGAAAGCAGACCAAGAUUUGUCAAUUUUUCGCAACUGAUGAAAUCUCGAAACAUCGUCAUCUCAUUACACUUAAAUCUCAGGAGCCAGAAAAAUUCACAAGAAAACUUGAAAAUAUUGUUGUUGGGUUACCAAGUGGACAAACAGAUAGCAAGAAGAAAUUAAUGCCAGAAAAAAGCUUUCGAGAUGAGUCUACGCGAAAAGUUCCAUUAUCGAAAAGACUCCAUUCCGCUCAAAAAGAACUUGAACAUUUACGAAGGUAACUAUGACAACGACAUUCAAGUGAUUGAUCGAGAAAACAGGGACACAUAUGGGCCCAUUUUCCCGCCACUUUCAGCCAGCAAGUGUAAAUUAAAGAAUCGAUACGAAGGGGGAUUAAUUUCAUCUCCAUCGACUCCUUUAUUAAGAGAGUAUGCUAGAAUAUCUUAUUCUAGGUUCACAGAAUAUUGAACUUUCAGCCAUCAUCAACCUGCAGCUGACAUGCCUGUCGGGGACCGUCUGACUACAGAACUCGCAGACGGAUAAUCAAGUUGCCGUGAAAUGUAAAAUAGUGCUAUGCGGUCUACAUAAUUAUAAUCAAGUUGCCGAUAACUAAUUGUACUGCACCUAUGAAACAAAAACAAAAAAUUCUUGAACUUAAAGCGCUCAAUCCUCGGAACCGGAGGAAACUUCUGUUACUCAUUCCUUGCUCAACAAGAAAAUUAUCUGGAAUCGAAGUGCGAGCGAUGAGGAAGUCCCCUGCAUGAUAUAUGAAAGGCUUAUAUACAUCGUGCUUCUCCAACAUGUUUAUAUGCAUUAAAUUGAAGUAUUUAAUGGAACAGAAUCUUAUAUAGAAUUUUAAAUGAGCACRGACUUGCUUACUUAUGGAUUUCUGUGUACAUAUAUUUUUGUUUUCAAAAAUCAUAGCUCCAUCUUAAAAAUGAUGAUGAACAAGAAAGAACCUGUACAACGCCCUGUUAUAUCCCAUCACUCGAAGUAAAUAUGAACUAAAAGCCUGUAAUUGUAAUUAAAACUUAUUCAAUGAGCUAGAAUUUGAGGGCCAAGUGAAUGGCAAUGUACAGGUUUGGUAGAGCAUAAUUAAAUAAUGCUAAAAUGUACAGACAAAUUCCAUUGUUUUCUUUUCUCUGAUCUACUCUAUAUUGAACUAUUCAUUAUMUCUUAGCACUACUCGCCUCGACGGCGCAGAAAUUAUGCACCAUAACAGAUAAAACCUGAACUGACGUUUUGGAAAACAAAGUUAGUUAACACCUUCAAACACAAAGGCGUAACACAGAAAAAGGCAUUAUGGGAACUCGCGAUUGAGAAUUUGUGUUUAAGCGAUCAYUAAGUAGGGCUCCCUUUUUCCCUCAUAAACAUUUCGAUGGAACGAUAUUGAAUGUUAAAAGUUAAUUGCAGUCCCAAGGCUCUCACUGAUUCAGUGAAACCGGAUACACGUAUACGAUUUCUAUGGUAACCGGUUUGUGUUUUGCAGGUGAUAUUGAAGUCGCAUUAUAAUGUAUAGAGAUGUAUAUAAAUACAAGUUUUCACUCUCAAUAUCGACUAAACGAUGUCAAUGAGCUUGUAUGGGGAAGACGAUUUUCUAUCUCGUUGCGUUAACUUAACUUGUGAUGGGGAUUCGGAAUGGAAUUUCGCGGAUGAAACUACGGACAUUCUGAGCUUCGAGUGGGAUAUUGUAAAGCUAUCGGUGUACAGUCGAGAGCCAUCUAGAGAAGAACUACGUAGUAUCAGAGACUAUGGAUCGCGAAAAUCCAGUUUGGAAAAGCCAGUUGGACACAUUAUGCAGCUUAAACCUAAAUCUCUUGUUAAUGAGAAUAUAAAUGCGACAUUUUGGGAAAAGUUCUUGUCAAAGGAAAUCAGCAGGGAACCGACAUGCAAAAUGGAAAACACAGGCGAAACAUGGAAGAAAAGUGGGCGAGAAAUCCAAGACAACACCAACAUGAACUCAGCGUCAUUAUUAAAUAGAUCAAAAAGUGCGGAUGUUAUUUCCAAAUGUGAAAGCUCCAGCCAAGGAAAGGAUGCUUCAUUUUCAAAACAAACAUCUAAGAAUAUUAACCACAAUUGCUCUCAAAAUAGACCAAACACAAAGACCAAAAAACACUUUUCUGUCUAUAGUAAAAACUUUCAUCUUAACUCGAGGUUUUUGUGCAGAUCGUACUAUCCAAUGAGCUAUUGGAAACCAAGUAAAAGUUUUCCUUUAGCGAGAGAGCGUACAUAUAGUCCAAGCGAUUCUGUCAUAGAAAACAAAAAAUACUCUUUCAAACGUCCGUUGGAAAGGGCAAGCAAACAAUUCAGGUCCUGGAUAUGGCAGCCCGCAUCAGAAAAUCUAGUCCUUAAAACAAAAAUAAUCAAUAGGAAGCCAAAAUGUGGCCAGAGCCGUCAUGACAAGAAAGAAAAUGAGAAGCACAGUAAGUUCUCAAAGAAUAUAAUCAAAAAGGAGAAAGGAUGUGGAAGAUCACUCGUAAACCGACUCGAGCACGAAGUGUGUACUAGUACUAUUUCGCUCCCAGCUAUAUCUACUCAUUUUUCCUCUGCCGAUAAGCGAAUGCCACCGAAUAGCUUUGGCCAGUGCCAUAAUCUGUCGUGUGAUAGCUUACUAAGACAGUACCAAAGACAACAUGAUGAUUUAAUCAAGAACAAUUCGCGAAAGAAAAUUGGAAARAAAUUUACUUUGAAUGGGGCAAAAAAACAUGACUGAUCAGGGAUCACUCUGGACCAUCACGUCGACGUCACGAUAUGCUUGUAAAUUCUGUAUUAUGUAUUUUAUUGCCUGAUAAUAUAACUACUAAUUAAAAAAUUUCCUUCUUUGGAUACGAAAACCUUUAAACUCCGGGGCGUCGUUUCUCGGUAAUGCAUACCCAUCUGUUAUCAUCUUGAUUGAAAUUUGGUAUGUCUUGAAUGAAAAAGCCAAACGUUUGAUAUUUCAGAACAAGAAACCAUAGUUUUUCCAGAGCAAUUGAAUGGGUUUGUGAAGUCUAUGCCUUCAAAACGCAUCAACUUGGAGCGAAAAAAUA